AUGCACACGACGGUGCCCAAGACCGCCAAGAAGACGGGUGAAGCCCCACCCUAUGUGGUUCUGUCGCGUUACAACACCGACGACGCCUCCUCCUGGCUGACUCCUGCUGAGGCCGAGGCACGCUCGGAGGACCCCCUCAGCUACCCCCUACCUGUGACCUGGGAGCUGGCCGACUUUGCUUUCUCUCAGGCCGUUUUCGUGAGCCAAGCCAUGCAGCCGUUUGAAUUUGCCAAACACUUCGGCCUUCUGGGCAACAGACUCAUCAGCCGGAAUUCGAAACACGUCUGGUUCGGCCGGCAUCUGGCAGAUCCCAAAGUCAGUGACCUGAUGAAGGCGUGCCGGAGGAAACUGCAGCAGAUGCCCGGUCCCGCUUCG